CCAAAAGACAAGCUGCAAAAGUUUUAAUUCGAUGGGAGGUUGAAUACACUAAAUAUUUCAAUAAAAUACAUGAACUUAAUUAGUUACAAAGCAUGAAAAGUGUGUUAGUUUUUCUUCCACUUUAGCACAUUUUAAAGUACUUUGAUUAAAAAAGAAUUUUUACUCAAAAAAGUGAGCCACAGUUUGUGUUAAAUGAUUCAGGUUAAUUCACGUUGAUAGCUUAAUUUCCAGUAAACAGAGCAUGAGUGAUUUUACAAAAGCUGUGGGGCAUGUUUUCUUUUCUUUUCUUCCUUUUCAUUAUGAAGGCAGUAAAGCUUCACUAAGUCGUUUGUGGCCCAACUUUUGAAUCACAUUAUUGUAAAAGUUUUUUGUUUUGUUUUUUUGCGCUCAAGGCAUAACAUCUUCUGUGCCUCUUGCGCCUGGGUCUGCCUGAGAAAAUGACAAUGACCGCUGGGAUCUAAAUUAUACACGGAUUGAUUCAGAAAUGAGAAGAAUAAAUUGCAUUAAAACAAGUAUGUCUUCUUCUUUCUUUUCUGCCCCCUCCCCAGCGCCUGCCUAGUCCCUUCACCAGCAUUUCAUGGUUGGUGGUAUAGGCGCUGACGCUGAUGGCCCAGCCCAGCCCCCCUAAUUUAAAACGAAGAGACCAGGUCCAGAUGCUGGGAAUCGGGAGACAGACUGAAGCGGCGCGAUCGGAGCGCGCAGACGAGUCCGGUGCGCAACAGGAGACGGAGGCUCUCCAAGGUGCAGCCGGCGGCAGCAGAUGGUUGAUGCUGCACAGAAAACUGCUCAGCCGUGGAAUAUCGCUUUAUUUACCUGCGACUUUUAAAGUUCUGUUCAAAAGUAAAGCGCAGGGUUUGAUUUGAAGUGGAGAAACACAGCAGAAGCGCUCAUGGAGACGCAUCUGGAGCCGGUGGCGUGAAGGAGGGAGGGGAAAACAAAAUCUAUCAUGAACUUGUCAGAGUCCGUGUGGCUCCCGGGAGAGCCGUGGAACCUCACCAUGCUGGAAGAGGAUGAGGAGAAGACGCGUUUAUUCGGGAUCGGCAUGGAUAACCUCGUCACGCUGUUGGUGUUUUUGGUGAUCUUCACAUUAGGCGUUGUGGGGAACUCAAUGGUAAUAACCGUGCUCGCCCGGAGCAAGCCCGGCAAACCGCGCAGCACCACCAACAUCUUCAUCCUCAACCUGAGCAUCGCCGACCUCUCCUACCUGCUCUUCUGCAUCCCCUUCCAGUCCACCAUCUACAUGAUGAACACCUGGGUUCUGGGCGCCUUCAUCUGCAAAUUCAUCCACUACUUCUUCACCGUGUCCAUGCUGGUGAGCAUCUUCACGCUGUCUGCCAUGUCCGUGGACCGGUACAUCGCCAUCGUGCACUCCAGAAAGUCGUCCUCGAUCCGCGUGGCGAGGCACGCUCUGAUCGGCGUGGUGGUGAUCUGGAUCCUCUCCCUGGCCAUGGCAGCGCCCAUCAUGCACUACCAGAACAUCUUCCACGGGGGGAAUAACGCAACUUUCUGCUGGGAAGUGUGGCCGGAUCAGAACCAGAAGAAGGUCUACGUGGUGUGCACGUUUGUUUUUGGUUAUAUCUUGCCCCUGCUGCUGAUUUCCUUCUGUUACGCAAAGGUGAUAAAUCACUUGCACAAAAAACUAAGAAAUAUGUCCAAAAAGUCGGAGGCUUCAAAGAAAAAGACUGCUCAGACAGUGCUGGUGGUGGUGGUGGUGUUCUGCCUGUCCUGGCUCCCACAUCACGUUGUGCAUCUCUGGGUGGAGUUCGGCACCUUUCCACUGACCCAGGCCUCCUUCGUGUUCCGAGUGGCCGCACACUGUCUGGCGUACAGCAACUCCUCGGUGAAUCCUGUCAUCUACGCCUUCUUGUCGGAGAACUUCAGGAAGGCGUACAAGCAAGUCUUUAAAUGCCAGAUUGGCAGCGGUGACUGCCCGCUCAACGACAUAAAGGAGAUCCGCAGCAAGGCAGACACUCCACCCUCGACUAACUGCACCAAUGUUUGAUUGCUUGUGCCUGGUUGCAUGAACACGUUUUGAGCCAAGACACCGCAACUCACUACGAGACGGAUUGACUAAAUCAUCAGACAUGAGCUGGUUUGUAUUAUAAUCAGGGUCGGUAUUGCUGAUUGUUUCACAAGUGUGAGUCCUUGCACCUGGACUGAAGUGUAGCGAGCUAGAAGGAUCUCAGUCUGCUCACAAGAAGAGUGUGCAAUGUCUAAAACUCUAGUGAUUCAUCACGACAGAUAAUUAAAUGUCACAUCAUGAUGUAUUUAUAUUGGUAUAACAUUCAACUAUGAGGUUAUUUAACCCUCUGACUUAUUAGGUAUCAAUGUAUCUCGUACAACUUUGCUUUACACCAACUUGAGGCAUAACCACCUGCUGCUGUGGAACAAGUUUUGAGUGUCUUUAUUGUGUCUGAAGAACAAAUGGUCUUUUUUUUUCCUUUUGUACUUUCAUGCCAUUUGUAGAACUGUUAUAAUUUAUGGUUGGAGUCUUGUUGAGUUAAAAGUUCAUAUGUAUCAUAAUGGGGCAAUAGAGACACUGUUCUGGAAAGCUGGUGUGCAUGUUUAAGACGUCAGAAUAACUCUGUUUCUUAAAAAAAAAAAAAAAAAAAAAAGGAAAAACAACAGGAAUUGCAGAAUUCAGGAAUCUGAAAUAGUAAAAGCUUCAUCUGUCACAAAGAAGUUUCCAUGCAUGUUGUUUUCUUCAGGUUGUAUAUUAAAUAUAGUUGCUAAUCGGAAUCACACAGUGGCAAUAACUGAAUUACUGAAUACUAAGAUCAAGUUCAUUACAUCCACAUUAAUGUAAGGUGACAUUUUCUAUUAAACAGCUCUAUACUUAUGUUAUUAAACAAAAUAAGCAACUUUGGUUAUAUCCUACUUAUACAUCGGCAUGCUAUGCACUAGGCAUGCACUAGUUAUCCAUCUCAAGGUAUUGCACAGUUUUUCGAAAUCACCAAAGAUUUGCAUCAAAGGUUAAACUAGGCGAUUAAAGUCCCUUUAACAGAACGGCAGUGAGAAUUAUGCUGUGAGAGGAGUUCUCUUGGACUGUAUGAAGACAGCGCUAUGUCCUUACCUGUUUCAGCACACUGUCGAUCACUGCUCGACAUUUACUUUGUUUACAAAAAAAAGACUGCAGGUAGUUUGGAAAAUUAAUGCAGGAAAAAAAAAAGAUAAUGUUAAAGUAGCAAUAAGCGAAAUUUCACCACUAGGUGGGGUCUUGAGCACUGUCUGUAGACGAAAACUAGCCAUGCAGCUGUCUACCUCCAAAAUCUAAGCACCAGGUGUCUCAUUUAUAAAGCUUGCGUAAACACAGAAAUGAGCUUAAAAUGGGCGUACGUCACUUUCCACGCAAAAGUCUACCAAAAAACUUGAUUGGAAAAUGUGCAGCCCUCAUGAUAGCUCUGACGCUUGUGCACGUUCAUUUUGGAGAUAGGGUAAAUUGGUGAUGCAGAUGGUAAAGUGGCGAACUGCAGCCAAACUGCUUGAUGGUUUCUCUCAGACGUUCAAUUUCACUCCAUAUCAGACUUUAAUC